UCUGAUACAUUUUUAAGAUAACGUUACCUGUGGGGGUGAGUUACGCAAUGCAUCUCAACGCGUGUGCUUAAUGUCGCUAGCUAGCACUUUGCCGACCAAUUCAGUUUAACACAGAAAUGGUUGGAUAAUGUGCAAAAAGCUCGGAGUGUUGUUUGUUUUAGUGACUCUGGGAUGCAUGCCAGUGACAUUAACUGCUUCCAUUCUCCCUGGAAUGUAACUUUGGCAAUAGCGAGAAAGGUACAGCCCUAAUUUAAAUUGCACAACGUUUAGCCUUUACCUUAUCUAAUGUAGCCAGCGGAAGCACCCGGGUGAGCACUAUUCUUCCAUGCCAGUCUUUGAUAUUUACACCGGAGCCAUCGGCCUCUCUCUCUCACACACACUCCAUGCAACAUUGUUUUAAUCCCAUUAUAGGAUUACUAGUUGCACCUUGCUGCUGCCCAUAUUGACAGCCUUUAACCUGACCGACACUUCAACUUCCGGUUUGAUGCCUUCACUUACAUGUGCUACAACAUUCAAUACAAAGCACCGCGAUUCAUAUCAGUCUUGUUGAUAGUUGAUGACUUAGGCAAAUGUACAUUUCCUAGCCAAGAUAGUGCCACUUUUUUGGCUGACUCCCUUUAGCUUUGGUUAUACUGUAUAGUGGAAUUAGCGAUGGGAGUAUUUUAGUCUUCCUCCUUGGUAUAUAUUCAUAGCACACUUAUAAGUGAAAUAGCUGUUUUUGUGGUCUCAUUUGGUGCCAUUUUAAUCACGUUCCACAUGACCGUUUGAACUCUUGGUUGGAUUAUGAUAUUUCUGCCAUUAUUUCCUGUUCCUGCUUUUAUUUUGCUAUGCCUGCAUUACCGUUACUGUGGUUAGAGGGAGCUGGGGAGCACACCUGUCUUUGACUUGUAAUUGAGGUUCUAUUCCUAAAUUUUCCUGGGAUUGUAUUACAUGUUUGUUUGAUGCAUCGCUUUUGGCUGUCGUGCUGUUUUUUAGUUUUGGCCUCCUUUUCGUUUGCGUUUUUGUUUCCAUCUCCCAUGGUGAGCCUUUGCUGUACCUCUAGCUUGGUUAUGUUGUUACUUUGCAUGUGUUGUGCAAGCUGUAAAAUGCACUUUUAAUUAAUAUUGAUGGGUAACUGAGGCCUCAUGAAGCAUUGCGGCACAUUACCCAAACUGUAUCGACACUGUGUCGGUACUGUGUCGCAGUUUUGCUCAAUACUGACACCUGCUAGAUCUUAAAGGGUGCGCAUCGCUGCCGUGACACAUCACACACAAACACUACAAUGCCACAUUUACCGCUUCCGGUGCUGUUCUCAGAUAGUAUAGUGUUACUUAUUCCACCCUUGGAAGGCGAAAGGUGUGAGUUGGAUCCUUUGUCUGGAUACUGUGUUUGAACCACAACAUCAAGAGGCCGAUUUUUGGCCCAGUUGACCCCCAGUCGAGAGGCUCCACUGACAUAUUGAUUCAAUGACCUACUGUAUACAACAAUAUUGAAAUGCUUGUAUUAUUUUAUAUAUUUAUGGAAGUUUAAAAUAGCUUUAUAUAUUUAAAAUAUACAGUCAAUAAAUAAUGAACAUGUGCCGUAAUGUGGAAAUCAAAGUGAAAGUUGUGAAUGUUAUGUUGCUUAUGUACAAAAAGUGGCUGCUAUAGACAGGUGGCCUCUAUAGACAGGUUGGCAUCCAGUUUGAAUGUUGACCAGUAGAGGAAAAAAAAAAGAAAAAAAAGGGAGAAAAAAAUAAUGUUGACCAGUAGAGGGCACUGUGGGACUGCGGAUAAAAGUUGUACAGCACACUAGGCUUGUUAUUAUCCACCACCCACAGAACAAAGCUGUGCUAGUAAUGUCUUACGCUUGUUUUUAAUAUUUUACUUUUUAUACGGAACAGCUUGGAGAUCGGGAAGACCUGGGUUUGAUUCUCCCCUGGGCAUUUCUGUGUGGAGUUUGCAUGUUCUCCCCGUGUGCGCGUGGGUUUUCUCCGGGUACUCCGGCUUCCUCCCACAUUCCAAAAACAUGCAGGUGAGGUUAAUUGGCGACUCUAAACUGUCCAUAGGUAUGAAUGUGAGUGUGAAUGGUUGUUUGUCUAUAUGUGCCCUGCGAUUGGCUGGCAACCAGUCCAGGGUGUACCCCGCCUGUCGCCCGAAGUCAGCUGGGAUAGGCUCCAGCAUGCCCCCGCGACCCUAAUGAGGAAGAAGCGGUAUAGAAAAUGGAUGGAUGGAUGGACUUUUGAUACGGCAGAGUGUCAUUACAGCUUCAGUUCAUCAGGAAGUGACGGGAAGUGACGGUGGGCGUCCCGAGCAGGAGAGCUAGGCUCAGUGCUAGCUGUGAGUUUCGAGAGAGUUGGGAAGUGUGUUUAUGUUGGCGUGGAUGUAAAGUCCUGCAGUUUUCUCCGCUGUUAUUAAAGCGAUUAAAGUGCAUCGGCGACGUGAGUCUCUCCUUCCCCACAACAAGCGGCAUUACAGUAUUGACACACAUUGUGCACAUUGUCUCACACCAGGAAAUAAACGGUGUCACUUGUUACAGGCAUUGCCUGGACAGCUAUGUAGUGGGGCUUGUUUAACCUUUGCCUUGUGGGCAAGCAGGAAGGAGAGACGAUGCUGAGAGAUGUGUGUGUGUUCUGAGCUGCUGUCUGGUGGCCGCGUUCAAUAAAUAAAGUUGGCAGAAGCAACAGGAGAAGUUUCCUUCUUUGCUUCGGAGCUGAAUAACACUGACAAGUUAACGGACUAGUAGCGAACGGAAAAGAAGACGGCUUUUUUGUGUCGAAUACAGAAGAUGAGGACUUUGAUGGAUUUGUGGAAGAGGAUUGAUCAAAAAUAACGUUGACCCCAAAGACUACAUGCUGACAGGCCUCAAGGGCGUCACGGCCGGUCGUCUCCCCGGAAAGCUGAACGGUCAACAGUUUGUCAUCCAGGAGUGCGAGAACUGCGACAUCUUCGUGUUCGACCACUCGGCGACCAUCACAAUUGACGACUGCGUCAACUGCCGCGUGGUCCUGGGCCCCGUCAGGGGCAGCGUCUUCUUCCGGGACUGCAAGGACAUCAAGUGCGUGGUGGCGUGCCAGCAGUUCCGCACACGGGACUGUAAAAAGAUGGAGGUGUUUUUGUGCUGUGCCACGCAGCCUAUCAUCGAGUCGUCCACCGGCAUGAAGUUCGGCUGCUUCCAGUACUACUACCCUGAGCUGGCCUUCCACUUCAAGGACGCCGGCCUCAGCAUCUUCAACAACAACUGGAGCAACAUCCAUGACUUCACACCCGUCUCCGGAGAGACCAACUGGAGCCUGCUGCCGGAGAGCGCUGCCGUGCUGGAGUCGGUGCCGGCCCCGGAUUCCGAGUCGGACUUCAAGUCCGUGCGGAUCUCGGCAGACCCGGGGCGCAGCAUCGUGCCUUUGACGAAAGGAGGACGACGCAAAGACAGUGAAGAGUCGUGCCUGUUUGUUUUCUUCGCCGGAGAGUACACCACCGCCAAUGCACGAAAGAUGAUUGAUGAGGCUACUGCCAAAGGCUUUGUGCUGAUCCAGACUAAGGAAGUGUCGAUGCGGCCCGAAGAUGUCAAGCGUGUGUUUCAAAACAACGCUGAGGAUCUGGUGGAGUGGAUCACGAAAGGUCCCGUCAUCGCCCUGGAGCUGAAUGGUGACGGCGUGGUGGAAGCCUGCAAGAACAUCGCCAGUGAGGUGUUCAGCGGCACAAAGGUGUUUGUCUCGGACAACAAGAACACAUCUUGUCGAGACGUGGACAGCUUCUUCAACUUCGCCGACAUGCAGAUGGGCUUGUGAUUGAUUGGCGCUGAUGAUGCAGUCGGGUCCGUCAAUGUUUGGACAGCUGCUCUUUUCUCUCUAUUUUUUGCACCGCUACAAUCAGUGUGGACCACCCACCUGCUACUUUGUUAAAGAACUUUUCUUUUCUUUUUUUUUUUUAUCACAAAGCACAGUCCAAACGUUUAUGGGCCUGACUGGUGUUGCAAUCAUAAACCUGCUAAUUGAGAUUAAUGCUAGCAGAAUUUGCUGUUAUUAGUUGUUGACAUGCUGUGGAUAUUUAUACUGUACAUGAAUGUAUUUGCUUCUAUCAAAUGUGAACGUAGAGCUCUCAGGGUGCGUUCACACUUGUCACGUUUUGCUUCGGUUAAAACAAACUACUCUGGUGCGUUUGCUCCGCUGGUACGGUUCCCUGUGGUCCCUGUGUGCGAGCGCCAUCCUCCCAACCUGGGCGUCACUUGGGCACGAACAUGAGUCGGACCAUUGUUAAAAAGACAGAAAUAACAAAUACGUACGAGGAAAUACUGUACAUCGGCAGUGCUGUCGCUCUGCCCUCGCCCUCUGUAGGUGUGAGAUAAUGCUCUUUAAAAGUAUAUUUCACAAGCUUUUGGUGAAAUCUAAGAUGGUUAAAAAAAGCGUUAUAUAAAAAUAACCUGCAUAUUCAACUAAGACAAUGUCACUUUUGAUAGGGAAGAUUUGAAUUGCGUCACGAAAGCUCUUUAAAAGUAUAUUUCACAAGCUUUUGGUGAAUUCUAAGAUGGUAAAAAUAGCGUUAUAUAAAAAUAACCUGCAUAUUCAACUAAGCCAUUUUGAUAGGGAAGAUUUGAAUUACAUCACGAAAGCUCUUUAAAAGUAUAUUUUACAAGCUUUUGGUGAAAUCUAAGAUGGUAAAAAUAGCAUUAUAUAAAAAUAACCUGCAUAUUCAACUAAGCCAAUGGCAUUUUGAUAGGGAAGAUUUGAGUUACGUCACGAAAGCUCUUUAAAAGUAUAUUUUACAAGCUUUUUGUGAAUUCUCACCCGGUAAAAAUAGCAGAAUAUGAAAACAGCCUAUGAAUUCAACCCAGCAGACGACAUUUUUAUUUGGUAUAUUUGAGUUACAUUGCAAAAAAUGUCACGAAAGCUCUUUAAAUGUGUAUUUCAGAAACGCGUCGAGAAAUCUGUGGAGGUAAAAAUAGAAUAUAAAAUUAACCUACGUAUUGAAAAUUGACGGCAUUUUUGUUUGGAAUUUACGUCCGGCAGCAAAUACCGAAAGCUCUUUAAGUAUGUUUUACAAGCUUUUUGUGAAAUCUAACAUGGUAAAUAUAGCAAAAAUAUUUUUAAAAAGCUACAUAUUCAACUCAGCAGAUUUCAUUUUGGUUUGGAAUAUUUGAAUUAUGUUGUGUAACAAGUCACCAAAGCUUAUUAAAAGUAUAUUAUACAAGCUCUUGUGAAAUAUUAAAUGAAAAAAAAAGCUGAAUAUGAAAAUAUCCUACGUACUCGACCAAAUAGAUGCCAUUUUAAUAUGGAAUGUCUGAGUUACGUUGCGUAAUGUGUCAUAAAAAUCCUUUUAAAGCAUAUUUUUAGAAGCUUUUCAUUAACUCUAAGAUGCUAAAAUGUAGUACAAUAUAAAAAUAACCUAAGUCUUCAACAUAGACGGCAUUUUGGUUUGGAAUAUCCAAGUUAUGUCAUGUCAUGUCUUCAAAGCUCUUUCAAAGUAUGUUUUAGAAGCUUUUUGUGAAAUCUAAGAUGGUAAAGAUAGCAAAAUCUAAAAAUAAGCUACAUGUUCAACCCAACAGAUGGCAUUUUGGUUCAGAAUGUUCCAUAUGUCAGAAAGCUCCUUUAAAAGUAUAUUUUAAAGGCUAUUUAAAGGCUAUUUUAAAAAAAGCAGGAUAUGAAAACAUCCUACGUACUCAGCCAAGUGGAUAGAAUUUUGAUAUGGAAUAUCGCAAAACUCUUCAAGUAUAUUUUUGACGCUUUUUGUGAACUCUAAGAUGGUAGAUGCAGCAGAAUAUAAUGUCAAAAUAACCUACGUAUUCAACAUAGACGCUAUUUUGGUUUGGAACUUUUGAGUUAUGUUGCGAAAUAAGUCACAAAAGUUCUUUAAAAGUAUAUUUUACAAGCUGUUUGGGAAAUCUGAGCAGGUAAAAAAAUAGAAAAUGAAAAUAACCCACGACAGUUAUGCCAUGUAAUAUGGAUGAAAGCUGUCCAAUCAAGUUCCGACAGUACUUUAUGCGUAUGUUCUUUGCUGCACAGCCUUUGGUCACAUGACAAAGAUAGAGGUGUGAGCGCCAAGCCAACUGCACCAAAGUGUCCACAGAGUAGAUUUUUUUUUAAAUUGUUCCAAACCACAAGUGUGAACGCAGCCCAAGUGUCCUUUGGACUCUCAGUUGUUCUUCACUGCCUGAAAGCUCGGGAGCACAAGAACGACAACAAUAUUAUUUAUGUAGAAAACUUGUGUCAUGUGUGUGAUUUAGCUGUGCAUAUUGUUGGAGGCAUUGCGCCGUGUAGGCGAUGAGUGCUAACAUAUUUCAAUAAGACGGCCAAAGAGCACGUGCGCAUAAUGCCGUGCACCUUUGCUGUUUCUUCACCAAAACAGAGAAAUAAACAUAUGUGCUGUUUCUUUUUUAAUAUAUGGCCAUCAUGUGAUCAGUCUUUUUUAUUAUUGUGUCAAAUGUGUUUUGUAUGCUUUACUGAAUGUUUUUAUAGCCAGACCAAUUGGUGUUCAAUUUUUAGUAAAAGUUUACAGAUGUG